CAGAGUACAUAUGCAUUUAUUUGCACACCCACAUAAUUCAUGAUUUUUGACUCUAAGGCCCCGCCUCCGCGAGGGUUGUCAACAACAGUUGGUUAAGAUGGCUGCGCUGGCGGUGGUGAGAGGCGCGCUGCUCGUCGCGUUCUCGGUGUUUCUGACGCUCAUCCUGGGCUUCGGUCUCCCGUCCGCGCUCAACUUCGUCGCGCGAUGCUGCGGCUUCCCGGAGGCAAGCGUCACCGAGUGCAUAGUGCUCAUGUACGCGCUGUUCGUGCUGUACGUGGCCAUGCCUCGACUGCCCAGAGGAACUGUAAAGGUUGAUGGGAAGGCUGUGCUCAUCACAGGCUGUGACAGUGGAUUUGGACAUGCAUUGGCUAAUCACCUCCAUAAGCUUGGUUUCACUGUGUUUGCGGGUUGUCUUUUAAAGGAUGGAGAUGGUGCAAAAGUUUUGCAAAAUCUUCAUUCAGAAAAGCUGAAGGUUGUACAGCUGAAUGUGUGCAGUGAGGAGCAGAUCUCCCAGGCCGUUGAGUUUGUGAAAGCCAACCUGGAAGACCCGGAGAGAGGUCUGUGGGCUGUUGUAAACAACGCUGGUGUCUCAACAUUCGGUGAGGUGGAGUUCACGACUAUGGACACAUACAAGCAGGUUGCAGAAGUCAAUCUAUGGGGCACCAUCAGCGUAACCAAAGCCUUUCUGCCUCUCAUACGAAGGGCUAAAGGUCGCGUGGUGAACAUGGCUAGCAUGUACGGCAGAAUGGGAAAUGCUCUCCGAUCCCCUUACUGCGUUUCUAAAUACGGAGUGGAGGCUUUUUCGGACUGUCUCAGGUAUGAAAUGAAGGCCUGGGGCGUCAAAGUGUCCGUCGUCGAGCCUGGAAACUUCAUUGUGGCCACAGGCAUCCUCACACGCGACAUAGUGACGUCAACGGCAGAGAAGCUGUGGAAGGAGGCGCCCCCUGGUGUUCAGGAAGAUUACGGGAAGGCUCACUUUGAUCAGAACAUGGCCCUUAUGCGCUCGUACUGCAGCAGCGGUCAGCGUGAAAUAGAGCCUGUUUUAGACGACAUCACAGACGCCAUCACGACGAACCGGCCGUACACGCGCUACAACCCGAUGGAGCCGCACUGGUGGAUCCGCAUGCAAGUAAUGACCCAUCUGCCAGGAGCCAUUUCAGACGCACUGUACUUUUAAUGACAUCUCAUAACAUGAAGCGUUAUUAUAUGCCUUACAUUUAACUUCACUGAAUCAGUAUACAGCUUUGAUUUUGAGAGUUGGAGUCAGUGUUAAGAAUCACACACAGAUUAUAAAGGAAUAUUCUGGGUUUAGUACAACAGCAUCUGUGGCCUGCUGUUAAUCACCACAGACCAGGGGUGUCGCAAUAUACUGGUAUUAAAAAUAACUGUGGUUGUUGUGUUAAUACUACACGUUUUAAACAUUAUUUUUAUUUCAAAGACAUCACAAUAACAUUAUGUAGCAUCAUUCUCGAUAGUCAUCUAGUGACUAGUGAAAAUCUGAUAUUGUGGCAGCCCUUACCACAGACAAUAAUUAGUUUGUUAAAAGCAAAAUAAUAAAUAAAUAUAUUUAUAAAAAUACACUUUAUCCGGAACAUGUUAAAAGCAGGCAAAGAUCUUGGUGGGUGGAAAAACGAAUACAAAUAGUACACAUAAAAUUUGUAUUAUUUGUAUUUGUGAAUAGAUAUGAAGCUUGUUUGCAUUCUUCAGUAAAAGUAAAAUCCAAUGUGCUGCAUGUUUAUUUUUAGAACCUCAAAAUUAUUCUCUGUGGUACUCAACACCAGGCCAUAGGUGCUGUCUACAAAGCUUGCAUUGUAUUUAAAGGGACAGUUCACCCAAAAAUGAAGAUUCUGUCAUCAUUCACUCACCCUCAAGUUGUUCCAAACCUGUAUAAUGUUUGUUGUUCUACUGAACACAAAGAAAGAUAUCUGCAGUAAUGUCAGUAACCAAACAGUUCUGGGGCACUAUUGACUAUCAUAAUAGGGAAAAAAGUACUAUAAUAGUACUCAUUAGGGAUGUAACGAUUCCAUCAGCUCACGAUGUGAUGCGAUUCACGCUUCUGAUCUCACGAUGCGAUUUAAUCACAUUUUUUUUACAGAAUGAGUUGAGGAAAAUUUUAAAUGAACAACUGCCCUUUUAUUAUUUCUCUUACGCUGCACAAUUCUUUUAAAAAUAAAAAUAUAUAUUAUGUCAAAUAACAAAACUAAAUUGCAGUUUUAAAACAAUUCCAAAUCAAAUAAAAAAUGAAUAAUACAAAAGUAUCUUUAAUAUAAAAACUAAGACUUUGUCUGUUCUUUUCCAAACUUUUUAAAGAAAUAUCAGUAUAUCCACGUUUACCAAGUUUGCAGAAAAACAGCGGCCCCUGCUGUUCAAAACAUGUACUGCGGUUUUUAUAACGUCUCAACCGAAUCGUCACAUAUUAUAAUCGAUUUUCAACCGGCUCACGGUGAAUCCCUAGUACUCAUUGGUGCUCCAGGACUGUUUGACAUUCUUUCAAAUAUCUUCUUUUGUGUUCAGCCGAACACAGGUUUAGAACAACUUCAGGGUGAGUAAAUUAUGAUUUUUGGUUGAACUAUCCCUUUAACCGAAUAUUUCUAAUGUAUGCACUUUGAUUCACUUUAUCAUAUUUAAGAUUAAUUAAUGGUUACACAUUUUGACCAUUUACACAGUAUUUUAUUUUAAUGUAGUCACACAGACAUUUCCAUUAUCAUAACCAGCAGUAAAGGUCAGAAAUAGUGACAAGCAGAUUUAUGUGAAGAGAGUCUUAGCUGGCUGCUGAUAUGGCAGCGCUGAAAGCCUCAGUGAGUUGAUUCAGAAUGAAUCAGGAUGACCAAUGAACAAAAGAUGGGUUCUAUUGUUUUUUUUCAGCAGGGUUCUAAUCAAAAACAGCCAGGGUUGCAAAAAUGGCUUGCAAAUUUGAAGUCAAUGAAUGAAGUGUCUAUAAUUUGUCACGUUUGUAAUGACGUGCUCUCAUGUUUGGCCAGUAGGUGGAGCAGCUGCCACACUUAAACUUAAAUAGUAUUAUGAAAUUGUCAUGAAACUAUGAAUAUGUCAUCAGUGUUUGACUGGCGUUCUUGAAUGAACGAAUGAAUGAGGCAUUGAUAUAACGCUUUAGUGUGUAUUGCUGUACACCCAAAGCACUUUACAAUCAUGAGGGGGGUCUCUCCUCAACCACCACCAGUGUGCAGCAUCCACCUGGAUGAUGCGACGGCAGCCACGGUAUAACGGCGCCAGUGCGCUCACCACAUACCAGCUAUAGGUGGAGAGGAGAGAGAGAUGGAGCCAAUUCAGAGGGUGGGGAUUGGAGGGAAUCUGGCCAGACACCGGGGUUACACCCCUUCUCUUUACGAGAAGCGCCACGGGAUCUUUAAUGACCACAGGGAGUCAGGACCUUCUUACUUGAUAACCUGUCAAUGUGAAUUUAAUUUGAUGUAAUUCUCGAAGUCUGAAGGUGAUUAAAAUACUACCUACUGA